CUCGCGCAGUGUCGGAGAACGCGCCCGACCGUCCGUUCGAAGCGUUGGACUUUCGAGUGGCGACGUACGCUAGCCUAGCGUGUUUUCAUUAUUGAUGCAAAAGUUCCACGAUGGUAGAUCAUAACGAGAAAUUGUUACAGGAGUUGCAAAAGAAAAGUGGAAAUAAUGUGUGUGCCGAUUGUGGAACGGAAGAUCCCGAUUGGGCUUCGUACAAUCUCGGCAUCUUCAUAUGCAUGCGUUGCGCAAGCAUACACCGCGGGAUGGGUGCGCACAUCAGUAAAGUGAAGCAUUUAAACCUCGACAGAUGGGAAGACUCCCAAGUGCAACGCAUGAAGGAAGUCGGCAACUUGGUGGCAAAGUUGAAAUAUGAAGAACGAGUACCCCCGUGUUACAGAAGACCGACGAGACAUGACCCACAAGUGUUGAUCGAACAAUGGAUCAGAGCUAAGUAUGAAAGAGAAGAAUUUUGUCAUCCCGAACGUCUGAGUUACCUUUCCGGUACCAUGGAAGGUUUUCUGAUGAAGAGGGGGAAAGAAGACAGCCGAUACCAAUUAAGGAAAUUCGUGUUGAGCGAAAACGAAGACACACUGAAGUACCACCACGCCUCAGACAGCUGCGGCCGUGCCGCGAGUUGUCUCGAACGGUUAUUCGAUCAUCUUCGUGUCAAAAACCUUGGUCGAUGGAGGUACCACGUCCGUGAACACAGAGAACCAAAGGGUAUUCUCAAACUAUCUGAACUAAAUGUAUGUUUUGCCCCAGCUAAAAUUGGUCACAUGAACUCUAUGCAGUUGACUUUCAUGAAGGAUGGCUCCACCCGCCAUAUAUACGUAUACCAUGACGAGCAAGAAGUCAUAAACAAUUGGUACACGGCAAUCCGUUGCGCGCAAUUGCAUUUGCUCCAAGUGGCUUUUCCCUCAAUUGCUCAAUCCGACCUCGUCCUUCGUCUACCCAAAGACUUCGCCCGCGAAGGAUGGCUCUGGAAGACAGGACCGAAGCCUUCAGACGCUCAUAGAAGGCGUUGGUUCACGUUAGACAACAGGAAGUUGAUGUAUCACGAUGAGCCGCUCGACGCCUACCCUAAGGGCGAAAUCUUCGUCGGUCACGAGUCUAACGGGUACUGCAUUCGAGUGUCGAACACUGGGAACGGAUGCAAGGAUGCGCGCUUCCCCUUCCACCUGGUCACCCCCGAGAGGACAUAUUGCCUCGCCGCCACCACACACGAAGACAGAUCCGGCUGGCUUGCAGUCAUACAACAGACUAUAAAACGACCCCUCACACCACAAGACUCAGCCAUUGAAGCAGUGCUGGUUAGGAAGAGGACGACAUCAAACUCCAUGAACAUCUUCUCUGGUAGGUAGUUACUCUGCCAGUCUUACACGUACGCUGUAAGAUAAAUACUCGAGUGCAUAUUAUGUGUCUGUAACGUGAAACACAUGGACUGUUGGAUAUAUUUAACAACCGUUUCGAAAAUCUCCUUUAGUACCUUUAUAGAACCGCAUUUGAAAGACGUUUUUUGUCUGUAAAAAUUACGUUUACUAAAACUUGUGUUUGGUGAAAGUAAGUAAAAAUAACUAUUUAAGUAGUUAUUUAACAAUUGAUCACGUUUAGUUUGUUCUUUGUUUAAAUCUACUUUUACAUUGUAAUCAUAAAUUAUUUAAUAUGUAUUCUUUAGUUUUAGCACAACGUUGGGACUGAAUCGAUUAUGUGUUAAAUUAUUGAUUUUAUUUAUUUGUAAAGAUUUCAUGUGCGAAUUAUGAUUUUAUAUCACUAAGGUAUAUCCAGAAUAUCGAGAUAUAAACUUGGUUGAACGCACAAAUAUCAUGUAUUAUCUAGUAAUAGUAAUUAUACAUAUGAUAGUAGAAUCCAAAGUGUUUGUCGAAAUAUCAGUAAUAACAUUCAUAUUAUAUAAGACUUUAUAACGAUCAUGUGUAAUAAUCUACAAACCAUUUAUAGAAUAGCAUUAGACCAUUUACACGACGAGGAGUCUUAUAAUAGUGGUAUAAGGGAGUAUUUAUCUUGUUCCACUCAUCAGUAACAUCAAAAAUAAAAUCCGUAGGCUCUCUCAAUUUAGAUAUCCACGUAUGAAAAAGUAAUUAUUUUAAAAGAACUUUAUUUUUUUACUAUAAAUAAAUAUUUGAAUAAGCAAUAUUUGACGUCGUUUAAUGAUGAUGGUUAAUCGCUACUUUAGAAUGUAAAUGGAAUAUUAUAGAUAUGUGAUUAAUCAAGAAAUCUUUAAAAAUGAUUCGUUGACAAGAAAAUAGGGCGACUUAUCACAAGCGCUUAUAUGUAACAGCAUUGUCUUGACUUUACUUAUUUAAAUGAUAUAAAUUCUACGUUAUUUCAACUUAAUUUUCCCCCCUUUUUUGCGCCAAUAACAGAUGGUAUUAAGGUAAAAAAGACUGUUGACUCAUAAGCAUUUGGGGUAAGCUCAAAAGUGACUAUGUUUUUUAAGAUCAUAAUACCAAAAGAAGAAAAUUCUAAUUCAUUUCAGUUUUUUUAAGUAUCAAACACUUUCUUUUCGUAAUGUUACUGUGCUUAGUGGUGGAUUCUUAGGUAAAAAGUAUAUAUUGUCUAAUAUUCGCCUAUAUCGGCUCUCUUGUGUGCUUAAACUAAUUUACAAGAACAUACUAAUUAUAUUGUUUUGAUAUAGCUGUCCCUUAUAUUGUUGCUAGAUUCGGGUACUAACAAAAAUAGCUAAAUUUACCAAAUAUUUGGUUUUAAUUUGUAAAUAAAAUAUAACGGCCCAAGAAUCGCCUGUGAAAAUAUUUUUUUUUCAUUUAGGUAAACAGUAAUUUUAGUAAAUCCCAAUUAUCCUAUAUUCUUUGACCACUGGGCUUUAUUAGUUCAAAUAAUUAGAAAUUACCAAUGUUGACAUAAUGUUAACUACAAUUUUCAGACGUUUAUAAGACUGUCAAUUUUUAUAUAUCUUUUCCUACAACUCACUUAGUCCAAAUUCGUUUUAUAAGUAACAUUGAUUUCAGCUUGUUAUGCUUCUUCGCACUAAACAUUCGGUAUGACACUCUCAAAUGGGUUGUGAAACAAUCACAUUUUAGUUUAAACUAUUGAAACAGUACUUAUAUGGGUCCCAUACCCGUAUAAUAGAUUUUUUGUGCCCUGAAAGUUCCGUUAUAGGUUUGAGAUUGUGUCCUCCAAUAAAUGUAUCGAACGUCUAUCAUAAUUUAUCUUUGAAUUAUACUUACAAUAAAUAUUGUUUAUUCGUACAAAAAAAAUUAGAAAGUACCUAACUCUUAUUUUGUAAAGUGAAAUCUAAAAUUAGACAAACACGUGCUUUACGACCUUUUUGAGUGUGUUUAAUUAAAUAGAUAUUGUAUUUUCAUUAUCAUUAGGUAUCUAAUAAUGAUAAGGAUUUAUAAUAAUGCAACUAGCAAUGCAAUAAUGUAGCAUGCACUGGGAGUGCGAAUUAGUUAAUAGUAAUUCUGGAAUAAUGUAUUAAAUAAUUAUAUUAAAUAGACAAAAACAUUGUCACGUUAUUGCAAUGUUCAUGAUAUCGAGCAUUUCGUUUGAGUUGCAUUGAAAUGAACUAAUCUUUUACCUGACGGAAAUGGGAAAAAGUUAUGUUCAAAUAGGAAUAUUAAAAAUCCGUUCCUUAAUUCCCUAUAUAUUCAUAAUUUUCGCUAAUUCGUUAAUCCUAACUUAAUAUGCUGCGCACGGAAAGCGUGUUCCAGGGAGCACAUAGUAGGCGGCUACGUGUUCCCUGGAACACGCUACCCUUAGGCAUUGUUAUAUUUUCUCUUUAUAAAAGUACGUCUUACUAAUUUUUAUGACUUUUCUGAGUGACGAUCCUUGAUCAAUAUGUAAGCAUUUCAUCCUUGCCUCUUCCCUUCCAUUGCUAAUGCCUUCCUUAAAUAUGUUAAAUUAAAUGAUUAAACAACAAUCUUGCAAGAAUUUAAUCUAAGUAAUGUUAUUUUUAACAGCUAAUAAGAUAAACAUUGCAUUAUUAAGUAUUUAUCAAAUAAGAUCAAAUACUCUGGAAUAUUGGCUUUAAUUUAUGUUGUUUUUUAAACAUAAUGUAUCUGUAUAAAUGUGUAUAAAUAUCAUCACAAUUUAAAUACGGAGGAAAUGAUGAAAGUAAGAGUAAGGGGAGAGGGGAUUAAAGUUAGUUGAAUAACAUUUAGAAAUAAUUAUAAACAAUAUGAGUUAUUCUGUUUACGAUUUAUUAAAACAAAACUGUCUGCCGAAUAUUCAAAGGUUUCAUAAAAAGACUCAGCGUCGAAUUUAGAUAAAAAACAGUAGUAUUUAACUUCUAUAACAUUUAUAGGCAAAAUAAUUUAUUAAUAAAAUCAUAUUAUUCGUUAUUAAAUUUUAAAACUAUUGAGCAAAUUGUGAGAUAUAAAAAUAAAAACAAGUUAUAUAAGUAUACAAUUUUAAGACCUAUCGCCUUUUGAACUUCAGUUUAUGUUGUGUACCUAUUCAACUUUAGUAUGAUGCGUUUUCCAUAACAUGGCGCUACUCUAACGGUUUACAAUUCCAUGUUUAUAUAAAUCGAGCAUAACUUCUAUUCAGUAUAGGUAUGUUGAUAGAACUAAUAUUAGUGACAAAUUGAAUUAUACGUUUGAGCUGUUAAUUAAAAUGAAUCGUUUGAAUAUUCGACAGUCAGCUCUUUCGUAUAACGUCAAAAAGCUAGGAGACUACCAAAAAUAAUGGUAGAAUAGUAAGUUAGUACAUAUUUUUAGUAUAAUGUAUACUUUACGGACAUUUACAAUACAGGACUAUAAGCAAAUUGCUUGAUAAGGAGUAUGAAUAUAAUUCAUCUACGAUAGAGUAGCGUUGAGUAUGGAAUUUAUAAUAUUUGAUAAAAUUAAUUUUAGGAAUUUAUUAAGCGUUGCGUAAAAUCACUUAAAAAUUAGAUAAUGUUUGUCCAAAAUUAUAUUUUGUGACCAAGUGUGUUUUAUUGCAUACGAUUUGCGUGUAAUGUAAACAAUGUUUGAUGUAGGGCUUUUGGUUCGCCAGAGACUAAGGCGUCGUCCUAAUUGAAAACGAUUGUGCGAUGGCGCGAUGCGAUCUCAUCGUGCGAAAAUUAUGUACCUGUGCUCGUGCGACGGUUUACGAGCUGUAUUAGGACACCUCUGAAGAAGUCUGUAUGUUUGAAAAUCAUCGCACGACAAGAACGCAUCGUGUCAUCGUACGAUCAUUGCCAAUUAGGACGACGCCGUAUAGAUUUCGCAAUUUGUUACAAUCAAGGAGAUGGAACGUGGAAUCUUGAAGGAUCUUGUGAUUUUGUAAGCAAACCCAAAAUAUAAAAAAUGUGAUGCAGUCACUUCACUUGGCUAUUCAUGUUUGCUAUUCAUAAACUUGAUAAAAGUCUGUCCUUAUCAUGCCUUAUAGGGAAUGAAAAGGACAGACUGAUAUCAAGUCCACAAAUAGCAAAUACGAAUAGCUAAUCGUAAGUAAAGUGUCGGCAUAACGCAUUUUAUCAUUUGACUGCUUCAUUCAGAUUUCACUAGGACUGCGAACAUUAGUAAAAUUGUUAUAGAGUCAUCAAAAAACCAAUUUUAAUGUUUCCUAGAUAAUGUACAAUUUUGUUUAGCUUCGUAUUUGAAUAGAAAUUAGGUACUGCCACAGUAAUACCCAUAUUAUUAUAUAAAGGUACCUAUAGACUUUGUGGUGGAAAAUACACCGGUUAUACUUAGCGUAAGUUUAGUGUAAUUUUAUUUAAACAAUUUUUUACCAAAAUAUGCCUCGCUUAAGUUUACUUUAUAUUAUUUUUUGUAAAUAAUCGAAAUAGUUUAUUGAUUAGUGUGCUCUGACAUAAUAUUAUGUUCUUAAACUGUUCUUAUAUAUAAAAAACAAUAAACUUGUCACCGCUAA